UUAUUAACACGGCACGUAGUCUGAAUGCGGCAAUGGUUCUCCCGAUCACACGAAGCCCACCUCCUCACAUUCCGUCCGCGUUCACAAUCAACAACAACAAAAAUGGCUACUCAGCUAACCAUCACAGCCACAGCCGUCUUCUCCUCUUGUUGAAUGAGUGUACGGACAUGUCUCAGCUCAAACAAAUCCAUGCUCACACGCUCCGUGCUACCUCGACCAACAAUCCACACGCCCUUUUUCUCUAUAGCCGAAUUCUACACUUCUCGUCCCUGGCUGACAUCGACUACGCGUGCCGGGUUUUCGAUCAAAUAGAGAACCCCAAUUCGUUCGUCUGGAACACUCUCAUAAGGGCUUAUGCACGAAGCUCCGAGCGCAAGGAGGAGGCCAUACUGCUAUAUUAUAAAAUGUUGGAAGAAGGAAUUGUGAUGCCGGAUAAGCAUACGUAUCCGUUUGUUUUGAAAGCAUGCGCGUAUUUGUUUGCGCUGUUUGAAGGGAGGCAGGUGCAUGCCCAGCUUUUGAAACUUGGGUAUGAAUCGGAUGUGUAUAUUAACAACAGUCUGAUUCAUUUAUAUGGUACUUGUGGGUGUCUGGAUUUAGCACAGAAAAUAUUUGAAAUUAUGCCGGAAAGGAGUGUGGUUUCAUGGAAUGCCAUAAUUGAUUCCUGUGUUCGGUUAGGCGAGUUUGAUACUGCAUUGAAACUAUUUGGUGAGAUGCUGAACAUGUUUGAGCCUGAUGGGUACACGAUGCAGAGUGUUAUUAGUGCUUGUGCUGGUCUGGGUUCAUUGUCUUUGGGGAUGUGGGCUCAUGCUUGUUUGUUGAGAAAGUGUCGUGCUGAAAUGGUUGAUGAUGUUUUGGUGAACAAUUGCUUGGUGGAUAUGUAUUGCAAAUGUGGGUCAUGGGAAAUUGCUCAGCAAGUCUUUGAGAGGAUGCCUAAACGCGAUGUAAAUUCGUGGAAUUCAAUGAUUUUGGGGUUAGCCAUGCAUGGGAAGGCUAAGGCAGCAUUGGAGUAUUUUGACCGUAUGGUUGGGACAGAGAGGUUUGUGCCUGAUUCCAUCACGUUUGUUGGUGUUUUGGGCGCAUGUAACCACAGAGGCCUUGUAGGCGAGGGCCGUAAAUAUUUUGAUAUGAUGAUUGCUGAGUACAAGAUAGAACCCCAAUUACAGCACUAUGGAUGCCUUGUAGAUCUUCUUGCUCGUGCGGGGCUCAUUGAUGAAGCUCUCAAGUUGGUGUCACAUAUGCCCAUUAAGCCUGAUGUUGUAAUUUGGAGGAGUCUUCUUGAUGCUUGCUGCAAGAAGAAUGCAGGUGUAGAGCUUAGUGAAGAAAUGGCCUCACAAAUCCUUGAGUCAGAAGGAGAUGAUAGCAGUGGUGUUUAUGUGCUUUUGUCCAGAGUCUAUGCAUCGGCUCGCCAGUGGGAUGAUGUUGGUUUGAUUAGGAAAUUGAUGACCGAUAAGGGUGUAACGAAAGAGCCUGGUUGUAGUUCAAUAGAGAUGUAUGGCACUUCUCACAAAUUUCUUGCUGGGGACACAUCUCAUCCUCAAACCAAAGAAAUAUAUCAGGUUUUGGAUGUGAUUAAAGAAAGACUAGAAUUAGUAGGGCAUGUACCUGACGUUUCACAAGCGCCAAUGAUUGAUGAGCUCAUUGAUGAAAAACAACAUGCUCUUAGGCUGCACAGUGAGAGACUUGCCAUUGCUUUCGGGCUUUUAAGCUUGAAACCAGGCAUGCCUAUACGUAUAUUUAAGAAUCUUCGGGUAUGUGACGACUGCCACAAGGUCACCAAAUUAAUCUCUAGAAUCUAUAACGUGGAGAUUAUUGUAAGAGAUCGUGCUCGGUUUCAUCAUUUUAAAGAUGGCAGCUGUUCUUGCAUGGAUUAUUGGUGACGGUAUUUUGUUGGAUGAAGAGUAAUCACUCAUUGGAUGUUUAAGGUUAAAGAAUUUGAAGAGCUUUCUUUAUAGUGAGAAUAGCUUGGCUUGAUGAUGCACAUGUUCUCCUGUGAUAUUAUAUGGUUUGUCAGUCGACAUGUUCAUUUAUAUGCAUAUUCUGUAUGGUGCCCCUUGCAUGUCCAAAUUAUUGCUAAAACCAUGCCUUAAAUUGAGGCAGUUUUCCGGUAAACCCCAAGUAAU